CAGUCCAAAUAAUCAAGUAGUCAGAGAGAAGCAGGAGUCAAGGCGAGAGAGGAAACUUCUGCAACUUUUCUUUCUUAUAUAUUUAUAUAUAUAUACAUAUAGGACUGAGGUUUUCUGCUUUCUCUGGAUUACCGAUCAGGAGGAGAUUAUAAACAGAAGAAUCCUAAAUGCAGAUAUUUUUGGGAAGGUUUUGGAUUGUAAUUUUCUCGCAGUUUCCGGAUCUUUUACCGCAACAGUGGAAAAUUUUUUUUCCUCUUUUUCUUCACCAUUCCUCUCGUGAUUGAUAUAAAGCGGGCUUUUUUCCCCUCAUCACAGGAUGAAAAUCUUCACAUAAAGGGCUGAAGAGUCGGUGUUUGUGUGCCGACGGAGUCGAGCGCCGAGGCUCGAGUUCAACACAGACACUUCCUGAUGAUGACAGUAAACAUGGAUGACGGUCUUCACAAUGGGCCCGGUCAACACAGGAACAUGCAAGAUGACGAAGAAGCUCUUAACUCUAUCAUGAAGGACCUGGCAGCACUGCGCUGUUGUUACCAGCUCAACAGCAGCACAAGCCACAAACCCAAGAGCAGGACGCCGAGCUACAGACAGGAUUUACGCGUAAAGCUGGAGCAUGAGCGGGAGAAACGGAUUAUUCCGUUCCAGAGGCCGCUGAAGUUCAGAGAGCUCCUGCAGAAAGUGACCGAGGCUUUUGGUCAGCAUAUGGACCUUUACUACACUGACAGAGAGACGCUUGUAGCUCUAAAGUGUCAGGAGGAUCUGGACCGAGCCGUGUCGUGUUUGAGCUCCGGUUCAGGAGCGAAGAGUGUGCUGAGAGUUGUGCUGAAAACUCCCACUAACAACCACUUCCUGCAGGUGAACAGCAGAGAUAAGCAGAGUGAGAUGAGGUCGUCUCGGUCUCUAGGAGACCUGAAAGGUUCUUUGCUCAAAGGAUCCGAACGAGUGCGCAAACACUCCACAGGCUCUCUGCACACAGGGAGGAGUUCCCCGCCGCCGGGCAGCGUGCCCGAGGAGCAGCAGCAGAUUGCACGCCAGGGCUCCUACACCAGCAUCCACAGCGAGGGAGAGUUCAUCCCCGAGACGCCAGAUCCCAAUGUCAUGGACCCUUUUGGAAGUGCAGAAGGUUCCCUAUCCAGCAGCUGCCAGUCCCUGGACCAAGCUCUGGACAGUCCUCCGUUCUCCCAGAACAACCGCGACAACAAUUACCUGAACCUCAACUACGACUAUAAAGGUCGACACGGGAAGCACGGGACUUUCCCACGGCAGUUCCACUUAACCAACCGCAGUAAGGACUACGGUGAUGGUCGUAGCACAUUCCCACGCAGCUUCAUGCCGCAGGAGAACCUGUUCCAGCUGGUGCCAUCGAGCCGCACACGCAGCUACAACGGAGACAGCACACUGCCGUACAGCGGAGACCUCCACUCGCUCGGCUGGAGCGAAAAAAGCAGCCAGCGCAGUAGUGCUAAAUCACCACGGGCGCCAGUGAACUGGCGUCAAGGGAAGCUGCUGGGUCGCGGAGCCUUCGGCGAGGUUUACCUCUGCUAUGAUGCCGACACGGGCCGAGAGCUCGCCGUUAAGCAGGUGCCCUUUGACCCCGACUGUCAGGAAACCAGCAAGGAAGUGAACGCGCUCGAAUGCGAGAUCCAGCUCCUGAAGAAUCUCCGUCACGAGCGCAUCGUCCAGUACUACGGCUGCCUGCGUGACCCUGACCAGAGGAAGCUGUCCAUCUUCGUGGAGUUCAUGCCCGGGGGCUCAAUAAAAGACCAGCUAAAGGCAUACGGAGCUCUGACCGAGAAGGUGACACGCAGAUACACCAGACAGAUCCUGCAGGGAGUCUUCUACCUCCACAGCAACAUGAUCGUCCACAGAGAUAUCAAAGGUGCUAACAUUCUGAGGGACUCCUCCGGAAACGUGAAGCUGGGAGAUUUCGGUGCCAGCAAACGUAUUCAGACCAUCUGCAUGUCAGGCACCGGGAUUAAAUCGGUCACUGGCACCCCCUACUGGAUGAGUCCGGAAGUGAUCAACGGAGAGGGUUACGGCCGCAAAGCUGACGUCUGGAGUGUAGCCUGCACAGUGGUGGAGAUGCUCACCCAGAAGCCUCCGUGGGCCGAAUACGAAGCGAUGGCGGCUAUCUUUAAAAUCGCCACGCAGCCCACGAAGCCCAACCUGCCCGAGGGUGUAUCGGACGCAUGCCGGGAUUUCCUCCGUCAGGUGUUCGUGGAGGAGAAAUGGCGUCCCACUGCAGAGGUGCUGCUUAGCCACCCGUUCGUCCAGGGCGGGUUCUGAUUGGCUCCGGAGCCUGAAAUGCCCGGAGACGCCCCCCUCCCCUGUGCCGGUAAACUCCUGCCCACUAACGAUCACCACUCUGCCUUGGUCCGGGGGAAACUGGUGCUUGUUCCAGCCCACUCAGAACAAAGCAGACUCCUCAGCAAGGGCUGUGUGUCUCAGACACUCCCACUACACACACACACACACACACCUGUUAAGCAGCAUUACACAUUUGAGUUGAAGCUGUAGAGUCCUGUGGUCUACAGAUUUAUCUGUAUUCAUCACACACACACACACAUAGAGCAGGCAUGGCACUAAGAAGCUGUUGUUUACAUUCAAACAUAUAACUAGUGACAUGUCUAAUUGGCUUUGCACAAAUAAGAAAAUACACAACUGGAAGGUUUAGAGCUUGGGUUCGAUUCAUUUUUUUGGUUUGUUUUUAAAGCCAAGCUCAUUCAGUUUCCUACGCCACGUAAAAACAAGCUAAAAGGUUAUGAGUUCAAAUCGCAGAACUGCUAGAGAGCCACGACCCGGGGCCCUUAAACACGACCCUUGUUAAGGAAUACCUUCAAAUUUUUCACUAUAAUCUCUGUCUAUUAGUAGUGACAGAACUUAAGUCCUAUUCAGAUUAGAUCAUAUUUGCAUGGGGAUAAUAUAAAUAUUUUUAAUCCUGUCUGGAUCCAUCAUGUUUUAGUACAUCAUUACUGACUCUGCUUUGAGGCGUCUGCAAAGAUUAUACUCAAUUUUACCUUCUAGAAAUAACCCCAGGUAAUAGAGUCCAUCUUAAUUGGCGUAUUUGUCCGUUAGCAUGUCGGAAAAGAAGUUUCCCGGAAAAUCACUCACUAUUUACUCGCGCAACGUUGACCUUUAUAACUCAGGACAGGAAAAGAUAGACGGUGUAUAAGGAGGAGGUUUGUCCGCCUAUAAACAUGGUAUGGUCAUGUGACCUACUACUACUUACAGCAAGCGCUUUAUAAUGAUCGGAGCGGAUUCAAAUGACAUACGUCUCCGAUUCAUCCCGUGUAAAUUGAUCCGAAAUCGGACAGACGUCACCGGGCGUCAUGUAGAAUGUUAUUAUUUGUCUGUCCCGCGCAGUGGCAGGGUCCGCUGUUUUAUUUAGCAGAUCAUUUGAUCUGCACAUGAUUUUGGCAUAGGUUUUACGCCGGAUGCCCUUCCUGUCACAACCCUCCCAUUUUAAUGGGCACUGAGAGUUAAUUCUUCAGUGGCCGGGUUAGCGCCCUACCCGGGAAUCGAACCCGGCCCGCGGCAAUGAGAGCGCCGGAUCCUGCCGCUGGAGACCCCCGGGAGGCCGGGCGUCAUGUAGAACAUUACAGGAAACUAAUCCCGUCUGGAUAGAGCUUCGGACAUGUUUCUCUGUACUGAGAAGAGAAAAGAAAACCUCAUUAACAGAAGCCUAACGGAAGUCGAGUUCCUUAAAUAUACAGUUUGCUUCAAUGACGAACUGUACGGUCGGCUCCAUAAAUAUUGGCACCCCUAGAAAUCCUGAACGAUUGUGAACAUAAUGAAUGUUACUGUUUGUGUCGGCGCAACGCAGUUCCAGGGUAUUUCUAUGACUGUAAGUGAUAAACAUCUUAUACGUAAUGUCUAAUCUGUAAACAUCAGACAUUUCGAGCUUAAAUUAGUAAAAGAUUUUGAUGUUGUUAUUAGCUAAAUUUAAUAACUUUAUGUUGUAACUGGUUCUCUCUGGUUUUUUCUCACUCAGUACAAAGAAACAUGUUGUUCGAUGUAAUCACACACACACACACACACACACACACACACAGUGGUAAUCCAUAGAGAUUAUUUUUGAGUAUUCCUUUAAACACACGGGGCAAAGUAUCGUAGAUGAAAAUUUCCGAGUUUGCAGAUGUCAGACCUCGUGAUACGUUUUAGUCUCUCAGCCCGUGACAUAUCGCUUGGAACAAGCAACAGAAUCGAUGUUUACUUCCUUUAACAUCCAAACCCCUCCCUCUAGGGUGCAGUUAGUUCUUAAUGAUUUUAGUGCCGUUGAUCAGAGUCCACAGCGACGGCCUGGAGCUGAUCCAUACAGUAAGAUACUCUUUGAGUAAUUCACUGUGUGAUGGUUAGAAUCUAACCAAAGGAAAAAGUCGCACUUGGAUGGUCAAUCCGGAGGAGCUGACCUGUGUUACUUCCACUGUUCUCUCAUCUAAGGAGCAUCACGGAUUCUUCUUAUUUUUGACACGAGGUGAACACGUCGCCCUGAUAGCCGACGUGGGUGCGUCUGAUGCGCAGGAUAAUCGGUGGAGAUUUAAAGCUUAUUUUUAUAAAUACGUCUCGCCGUGUGUAUUAUUUUUUAAAAAAAAAAAACAACGUCGUCCGCCAAGGGGCGUCUAAGCAAUAGGACCGAGGAACACUAUAGCAUGACUGUGAUGAAUAACGUUCCUCAGAGAUUCAGACCUGAGUGUAUUCUUCAGUGGAUCUUCAGAAACAACCAAAGAGCAUACAGUAUGCAGCUAUAUCUGGAGGUUACGGCUGUGGGGUCUUUUGUUUUUUUUUUUUACUACUACUACUAUUACAAUUAGGAUAUGUGGGUAUGAUGUAAAAAAAAAAAGAGAAAUAAUCCUUCAUUGUAAGAAACAUUUCCAUGUGCGAAAUAGGACCAAAUUAUAGGCUUUUCAAGCCCUUUAUCUGAAAAAAGGCUGAAAAAUGAUUGCUUUAUACUUGAUUUCGAAAGAGCUGUUGUGAAGUGCUUGGACCCCUAAAUCGCUGCUUGUGGCUGUAUAGCUGUAUAUUCAGCCCAGCAUCGAUUGAUGUGGCAGUGCUGCAACGUUUAAUGUCGUAAUCGGUGACCAUUUCUGACCGUGACAUAAUAAAAAAAAAAUGGAAAGUGGUAUUAUGAGGAAAUGUGAGCUUAAAAAGAGGCUCGACAUCCUUGAGUGAAAAUUCCAUCAUCAGCGUCUCGUCUCUUUCGUACACAGGAACGCAAACGUCCUCCGGUUUAUUGCUCACCGUCACCCGUGCCUUCUUCAUAGGGGUUUUUUGUUUUUGUUUUGUUUUUUUACGGAAAUGACCAGAGUUGUUGUUUUUUUUGUUUUUUUUUAACGGUUGAGUUCACGCGUCCUUGUGAGUGACCGAGUGAGUGACCGAGUGAGUCAUGCUGUAUUUUUUUUCCACA